AAACCACCUUCCUCCUCCGCAUCGAAUACUAUAACUCUGGCACAAUAUUUGCUUCGUUGGAUAUACCUCAAUAUUCUAUUAAUAUCAAAGUUUGUUUUUGCGAAGCAAACCUCUGGUUGAGUAGUCUGAUCCUUUUUAGGCUGUUUCUUUACACUGCAUUUGCUGCUUGGUUAUGGUUCAAAACAUUUGAAUGGCUUAAUAAGGAGGAUGGGUGUGGAAAAACAAAAGAAAUUCCUCACAGUUGCACCUUUCAAGUGUGUUUGGUGCGAGGAACUGAGGUUUAGGGAAGCAGGGCGUGGUUGCAUAGCCUUUGAAGCAUUUGCUCAAAAUGAUGUCACCUUGGUUUUCAGGGCACAAGCAGGGAGUCAACAUUAUCAUUACAAAAUGGAUAAUAAUCCUAACUAUACCAUCAUUUUGGGAAGCCAUAGAAAUCGAAGGUUAAAGAUCGAAGCAAGUGGAAAGACUGUGGUUGAUGUUGCUGGAGUAGGUUUGUGUACCUCUUCAGCAUUCCAGAGUUAUUGGAUCAGCAUAUAUGAUGGCUUGAUUAGUAUUGGCAAGGGGAAAUAUCCUUUUCAAAACCUUAUCUUCGAAUGGCUUGAUUCAGAACCUAAAUUUAAUGUUCAGUAUAUUGGUCUUAGUAGCUGGGAUAAGCAUGUGGGUUACAGAAAUAUCAGUAUACUGCCCAUGCAAUCACAUAACAAUGCCAUUUGGAGCCACAUUGACUACAAAGUUUAUGAAGGGGAGGAUGAUGAGUGUGAUGUGAUGGAGGAAUUGAAUCACAGCUUAGAAAAGCAAGGACUGGUUAACUUUCUGGAGAACUGGGAUUUAUCUGAUCUAAUGUUUGUUGUUGGUCCAGAAAGAAAGGUUGUUCCUGCACAUAAGGUCAUUCUAUGUGCUACUGGAGUCUUCUCAGAAUUAACCGAUGAAAAUGUUAUAGAACUACCUUUAACAUCAUAUCCUGUUCUGCAUGCCUUUCUGGAGUUCAUCUAUGCUGGACAGACACAGAUUUCAGAAUGUGAACUUGCCCCUCUAUGGGAUUUAAGUGUCCAAUUUAAAGUUUCAGAAUUAGAUAAACAAUGUGAAGAAAUUAUGAAGGGUUUUGAGAUAAGCAAUAAGAUUUUGGAUUCUGGCAAUACUGUGAAAAUCACAAAUCUGAGCUCCCACAUUCAACAAUUCAGCACCUUUCCUCAUGAAGUUCCUCUUGAUGUGGGAAAGCUAAAACAUUUCCUUGAUACUGGUGAACACAGUGAUGUAAACCUACAUAUUGAAGGUCAUGGCCUUGUUGCUCGGUCACACAAACUCGUGCUUAGUCUAUGGAGUUCGCCAUUUGCAAAGAUGUUCACUAAUGGAAUGGUUGAAACCAGUUCAUCAGAUAUAUAUUUGAAGGAUAUUUCUUCUGAAGCUUUUUUAGUCAUGCUUCAGUUUAUGUACACUGGGAUACUUGACAUGGACAUAUUAGAGACUAGUCCCAUUCUAAUUCUGCUGCUACUUCUUGCCGACCAAUUUGGUGUUACUGUUCUUCAGCAAGAAUGCUGCAAACGUGUCAUAGAAUGUCUUUCAGAGGAUAUAGUUUGUACCGUUCUGCAAGCAGUUUCAUCAGUCCAAUCAUAUAAACUGCUUGAAGAAACAUGCAAGAGGAACUUUGCAAUGCACUUUGAUUACUGUACUACUGCGAGCACUGAUUUUGUCUUGUUUGAUGAGGCGACCUUUAGGGAUAUUCUUCAGCAUCCCGAUAUGACUGUAACUUCAGAAGACAAGGUUUUGGAUGCUAUACUACUUUGGUGCACACAAGCCUGUGAAGUAUGUGGCUGGGCUACAGUUGAUGAACUAAUGAGUUCUUCCACACCUGAACAAAGUUUUGGAGACAGGCUUCGUUCACUUGAGUCUCUGCUACGUUUUGUGCGUUUCCCAUUGAUGUCGUUGCUUUUACUUGAGAAGCUGGCAGAUAGCGGUCUUAGCAAGCACAUUCCUAUAUUUCAUCAGCUGGUGAAUGAAGCGAUCACAGGAGUGAAGCUACCAGAACUCAGUCACAAUGUGAGAUUUCAGCACAGACGAUCAAGUUACAAAGAGCUUCAAUACAUCUGUGAUGGCGACAGAAACGGUGUAAUAUAUUUUACUGGGACAUCAUACGGGAAGCACCCGUGGGUAAAUCCUGUUUUAGCUAAGAAAGUAACUGUAACAGCCAGCAGCCCUGCUUCUAGGUACACAGACCCAAAGGCAUUGGUAUCGAGGGCGUAUCAGGCCACCUCGUUUGCUGGACCUCGGUUUGAAGGCGGUCAAAGUUGCUCAUGGUGGAUGGUAGAUAUCGGUGAAAAUCAUCAGCUGAUGUGCAAUUAUUAUAGUGUGAGGCAAGAUGGCUCCUCGACGUACAUGAGGUCCUGGGCUUUUCAGGGAUCCAUGGAUGGUGAAAACUGGACUAAUCUAAGAAUUCACGAUGACGACCAAACAAUUUGCCGAUCUGGCCAGUUUGCAUCAUGGCCAAUAACUGGUUCUAUGGCACUUCUUCCAUUUAGGUUCUUUCGAGUCAUUUUAAGGGGCCCUUCAUCAGGUGAUGCAAACGUUUGGAACUUCUGCAUCUGCUUCAUUGAGUUGUAUGGCUAUUUCAUCUGAAGAGAGCAGAUUUGGAUCAUCAUGUCAUAUGAAUAAUGUAUGAAGGGGACAGAUGGUUUUGAUGGAUGGAUGAAUAAUCUAAGUUUCUCUGUUUGAUCAAUAGUAACAUUGUUUCUGCAUAACAUUAUUCACUAGGUUGUGGGAUGUAGAUAGUUCUUACAAAGUCAAUAAGCCACUCUUAAACAAUGAUGUUAAAAAUAGUGUAGGCUGGGGAUGAAUAAUCUAAGUUUCUCUGUUUGUUCAAAUGAUAA